CUAGGGGGAAGAACUUUUUUUACCAUAGACAUAGCUCACUAUAGGCUACAAGAUGCGCAAAACUCCGACUGAAAAGCGCUCUGGCACCUGGGAAAGUUCCCUUGUUAGUGAAACGACUUUUUUGAAAAUUUUCGAGCACCCAUAUUAACCAAUCACGAUCGUCUACGACGAUGCUCUGAAAGAUACGGUAGUAUUAUACCCCAAUUUGAUGAUCUUUUAUUGUCAUGUUGCAUAGAAAGAAGCACAAUGAUUUACAAAGAUAAAAACGCUGGCUUACUGCUUUCGUACAUUAAGGUCAUACACGAUUCAGUUUAUUUUAUAUUUCAUUUGUACUAUGCAAAUUUUAAAUCAUUUUUCACUAAUAACAAUUCAUUGUUUGCACUAACACAUCUGAACAAGCUUUUACUUUCUUUUGAUUUUGCUUUCAAAAUCAAAACAAAAAGUGAUAUUGAUCAUCAAUAUAAUUGUUUUCUACACUUUCAAGUGUGCUCUACAACAUAGCAUAAAAGUUCAUUUCGAAUUUUGAAAUAAAUAUUUAAUGCUUGAAGUAGUGCGUUAUGUGAACAAGCCACAAGAUGACAAUAUAUCAAUCGAGACUUUUGUUAUGUGCUUUAUAAAUAAAUUCUGGCCUUUAUUUAUUGAACCAGCAAAAAUUUAGUUUACGUCGUUUCUAUUUCGAGAUCAUGGUAAAUUAUGAAAAAUUUCAUCCAAUAGUAUAAUGAUAACACUAAAUAAAAAAAAAGUAUUCUAGAAUUAGUUUUAGUUUACUUUUUUUAUACUCUUCAUUUUAAAAUAGCUGACAGGUUUCUAUCACAAAAGAUAUUUUUAAUAAUAAUAAUAGCAAAUAGAUUUUUAAUUAAUGUAUAUAUAAUAAGAAAAGCUAUUACGAUAUUUGUAAUCUCUUAGAACUCUCAUCGUGUACAUAUUAUGCAUCAAAAAAUUUAAAGAAAAACAUUAUUUCUCAUUAUAAUAGUAUUUGAAACAUGUUAAUUAGUAUAGAGGUUCUUUUCUUUUAAAAUCUUCGAAAAUAACAUGCAAUGAAAAUCUGUGAUAAAAAUCCAAUAGUGUAUAAAAGAAUUAUUUUAUGUACAACUCAUCAUUAGCAAGUACGUUCUUAUCAUGCUUUCAAAAUACAUUUCUAGAAAGAAUUUAAUCUAUUAAUUAAUAUUAAUACAAAUAUUUAAGGAGUGUCUUUACUAUCCCAACUGAAAAUUUUCUAUUUUUUUCUCGAUUUUUAUUCUUUUAUGUUUGAUAUGUAAAUUUAAAUAGUUCACGUCAAGUAAAUAUAUUUUAAAACGUCAACUCAUCGUUAUUGUGUAUGAAAAAUAAAUUGAAAAAAAAAUGCUCCAUUUCAUGAUUAAAAAAAGUCAGAAAUGAGAACUAUUUCUGCGGUUUUUCACAAAAACAGGCUUUCAGAUAAAAAAGUUGAAAUUUUCUUCCCUUGUUUUUCACACAGUUCGGCCGAUUGAGUAUUAUCUAGAGCCUCAACAACAAUAUUUUUCAAAAGAAAAAAAAACGGCCAAGCAAACUUGAUCCUAUAUGCCACAGAAAAGUAUUUCAAUCCUAAAGAACAAUAUGAAUUUUCGCAGAGAGAAACUCAAAUCUCGCAAAAUUUCGCCAAACCGUACUUGUAAAAGCUGAGUAAGAUGAGGAUUCUUCUAGUGAAACUAUCGACUACUAAUAGAAUACUAGAUUUCCAACUAAAGAGAAAGGUUUCGUUGUUUAUUUUUCUUACAAAUAUUAUUUUAUGGAAAAUAAAAUUUCUAAAAUUGAAAAACAAAUAUUAAAGUAUUUUGUUUUAAAGUUAGUAAUUAGUCAUAUCUAUUGAUAUAUUGUCCAUGACUGGUUAUUAAUAAAAAAUAUAAAUAUCUUCUAUUCUUAAAUAAAAUAAUGUAUUUUAUCAGUUUAUUUAUUCUGUUAAAAGAAAUAUAAUAGAAAUAGUAAAUGUAUUUUUAAAUUCUUUUAGAUUAUUCAAAUUGAAGAACAAAAUCAAGAAAAAGUGAGACCCUAUUAUAUUGUUGUCCAUUUAAAAACAAUAAAUUUAUUUUAUAUUCUUUAGAUUAAAUAGACAAUAUAUAUAUAAUGUCAACUGAUAAUACAGUAAGCAUUUCAAAUAAACAAAAAAAUCGUUUAUUAUAUAAGGAUUGGUAAAAAUAGAAAAUAUUAAUUAUUUUUGUUGAUGUUUAGCAAUUUAAUUUUAAUUCUCCACGGUCUAAUCUUACGAUAACAACAAUAACAUUUGCUGGUUUAUUGAAUCGUUUAAAAUCUCAUUCAAAUAAUGAAUAUGUAGUUGCUAAAGGUACAAUAGAUUUUCCUCUUGAUGAAAGACGAAAAAGUAGUUUAACUCGUGUUCGACAAUUAUUAUUAGAAGAAAAUACUAUUUUAUCUGGCGAUUUUCUUUCAUCAUCAGUAUUAAAUAUUGAUUGUAUUACAUUUGGUAAUCAUGAAUUCGUUUUAAAUAAAACAGAAUUACGUACACGAAUCAAUGAAUCGAAGUUUACUUGGAUCAUUUCAAAUGUAAUUAGAAGUAGAACUGAUCAAUCAAUUUUAUCAACUAUUCGAUAUAAAAUAUUAUCAAUUUAUGAAAUUUGUAUUCUUUUAACAAUUAAUAUAAGUAAAGCAUAUAUCAUUCGUAUUAUUAAUCAAACAUCACUUAUUCUAUUUGUUUAA